CCUGUUUGUAAUUUAUAGUUUAAUCAUAAACAUCGCUGAUGUUAAUUGAUAAUAUUUUAUACUUUUUCGUUAUUUACAAUGUCAUCUAAAAUAACACAUAUAUCUGACACCCUUAGAAUUCUUCAUUUACCACCAGAACUUCCCGAUGAACGGCGUAAUGAAUUACUUAAAAAAUACGGUGCUAUUAACACACGAACUUUGAGAAUUUCCAAAAAGUACACUAUAACUUUUGCAAAAUUCCAAUCUCAAGAAGCAGCUACAGAGGCACUGUUACGUUUGCAUCAAUUAAAUGUUAGAGGACAGCAUUUGACAGUUGAAUUUGCUAAAAAGUCUAUAUCAGUUGAAAAUGCAGGAAAUGAUAUUGACAAUAUUGAAUCUACAAAAGAGGAGAAUAAGAAGGACUCAACAAAUAGAUCUAAUUUUCAAGUUUUUCUACAAAAGUUAAAUAGUUGGACUAUGAAUCAGGUCUUUACACAACCACCUCCACCAAAUAUACAAUAUAAAUAUUUACCACCAACAAGGGGUACUUUAGUAAGGAUAGCCAUACAAUUAUUAAAAGAACCUGUCUUUUACACACAGGUUUUACAUUUAAUGAAUAGAAUGAAUUUACCACCUCCUUUUGAAGAGUUAGAAACAGAAUUCCCAGCACUUAAGGAAGUCUAUGAUAUGGAAAAAUAUAAGGACAUAUUUGUAAAAGAAUAUUUAUAUGAUAAACAAAAUGAAGAUGCUUGUAAUGAGGAUUCAAAAGAGGAAGAAGAAUCUGAAAUAGAGUCAAGUGAAGAAGAUAAUGCAAAACCUAUGGAAAUUAUCCCUGUAAAAAGAAAAUGCCCCCAGUCUAUAAAACGCGCAAAAAUUCCAAAGUUUGUUAAUCCCAGCAAAUAUAAGGCACCUGUCAGUUCUACACAAAAGAUUGUAAAACCAGAAGAUAUGUUUGAACAAGUACAACUUGGUGAAACAAAAAAUCUUAAAAUUGAAUUGAAAACAGUGAAAAAAUUAUUAGAUACUUCCAAUAAGGAAGAUAAUACUGAUUCUACAAGUACUGUAGAUGGUGGUUUUGGAUUAAUAUUUCCAACUUGCAAAACAAUUGAUACUGCUGAAAAUAGUGAAAAUAGUGAAAAUACUGAAUCUGUUCAGCAAGAAGUAAUCACAUCCGAAAAAUUAGCAAGCAACAGAAUUUCUGUUAAUGAUCAGAGAGUUCUUCCUGUUUUUAAAAAUUAUCAUCCUGGAAAGCCGUCAAAUCGUUUGUAUAUAAAAAAUCUUGCAAAACAAGUUGAGGAAAAGGAUCUUCAUUUUAUUUAUCGAAAAUAUGUCGUACCUGAAUUACAUACAGAAUUUCAAUAUGAUGUGCGUCUUAUGCAAGAGGGUAGAAUGAAGGGUCAAGCAUUUAUCACGUUGCAGAAUGUAGAACAAGCACAGUUAGCUCUUGACGAAACAAAUGGUUAUAUUUUAAAAGAUAAGCCUAUGGUUGUACAGUUUGCUAAAGUAGGGAAAAGUUAA